AUGGAGGAGAGGAGCCAGGAGCCGUCUGCUUUCUCUGUGAGGGUCUUCACGCUGCAGGAGGAGGCAAGGAGCGAGGAGGAGAAGGAGGACAUGGAGACCAAUGAGGAGGAGGAGGUGAUGAAGGAACAGCAGGUCAGAUUCUGCAGACAGCGAGGAGAGGAUGAGCUCACUCUGCUCCUCACAUCAGGACAGGAGGGUAACCAGCUUGUUGUUGAAGACGCUAACAGAGCAUCAGUGUUCCAGUUUACCGUUUCCACAGAGACAGACUGCUGCAGAGUCGGAGGUCAGUCCUUCCUGGUCUCCUUCGGCAGACUGAGUCUCCUUCUUGAGUUCAAAACGCCAUCAGAUUUGUUGACGUUCCAGCAGUCAUUGAAGAGAAGUAGUGAUGAGGAGACAAGGAAAAGUCCCAUAGAAAAAGGAAACAAGCAUACAGAAAGGAGGCAUGAUGCUUCUUCUCAAGGACAUCAGUUCCUUGGCUGUCUGUCUCAGCAGCAGAGCCUCCUUCAGGACUACAUGAGGAUCGCCACGUUCCACAGGGUGAUUCUUGACAACGAGAUGGACUUCAGGGACAAGGUGGUUCUGGAUUUGCGCUGUGGUUCUGGUAUUCUCUCUUUCUUUGCCGUCCAGGCGGGAGCCAGCCGAGUGUACGCCAUUGAGUCCAAACCCAUGGCCAAGUACGCCCAGAUCCUGGUCCACAGUAACAGCCUGUCAGAGAGGAUCACGGUCCUGGAGGGGGAUACAGAGGACGCCGUCUGUCCAGAGAUGGUGGACGUCAUCAUCUCUGAGCCGAUGGGACACAUGCUGCUAGGUGAUAGGCUCUUGGAUGGCUUCAUACGGGCCAGGAAGUGGCUCAAACCAAACGGUGUGAUGUUUCCCUCCUCUGCUGAUAUCCAUCUGGCCCCUUUCACUGACGAGCAGCUCUACCUCGAACACCACGCACAGGCUUCUUUCUGGCAGCAGAGAAGUUUCUUUGGCGUUAACCUGAGCGCUCUGCACGUCGCUGCGGUGGACGAGUUCCUCAGGCAGCCUAUAGUGGACACGUUUGAUGUUCAGAUUCUGAUGGCCCGAUCGAUCAAGCACAGCUUCAACUUCACAGAGACCAAACAGGAGGAUUUACACAGAGUAGAGAUUCCCUUCGUCUUCACUCUGCUGCAGCCCGGUCUCGUUCACGGUCUCGCCUUCUGGUUUGACGUCGCCUACACGGGGUCAAAGUCAGUCAUAUGGCUCUCUACGUCGCCCUCAGAGCCUCUCACCCGCUGGUCUCAGGUCAGAUGUUUGCUGCAGACGCCACUCUUUGUUAAACUCGGACAGACUCUGUCAGGAACCGUGUUGAUGGUCGCCAACAGCAGGCAGAGUUAUGACAUCCACAUCACAGCCACAGUCGACCAAUCAGGAUUCAGAUCAGGAAACAUCCUUGACCUUAAAAAUCCUUUCUUCAGGAUACCGUCCUGGUUCCACAACUGAAAACCUCCUCACUGUUGGAGAAGAAGACACCAAAGUCCAAGGAAUUUCUCUUCAUCUGGAUAGACA